AUCCCUGAUGUGUGUGUGAAAUUCACGUUUACCACGGGCCGGGAAGGCAACACUUGUCGCCAUUGCGAAAUCGGUUUUGGCGCGCAUCACUUUCCAAGAGACACUUCCAUGCCUCUACACACUUCCUGCUGGAUGAGCUGUUUUCUGAACCAAAAUGCAGAGACAUGAAAAUCAACCACCCAAGACAACCGCAGGCUUUCCCUCUGUGCCACUGUUUAACCAGAAGAAGAGAAACAGAAUUCCUUUAACGUCUGCUCCUUCUGAAAAUGAAUUCUUUUCCCAUGCUGAAUAUAUGGCGAGCACCAGCUCAACUACAUCUCACAACAUACCAGGUACUUAUGGGGGUUACCAGGCCUCAUGUCAAUCUUCUGGUACUCCUCAAUGUCACCAGUGGAAUAGACAGAGUAUGUCACAAUCUGCCCCUCCUCAGCCAUAUGGCAGCAACAGACCUGCUCCUGGACCUGCUCCUACAAAGAGAGCCUACUCACCCAUGCCUCAUCCAUACAAGGCUGAAAGCACAAGCUCUAAGAUCAUCCAGCCCAGUACCCAUGUCAAACCACAGGUUUCCACUACAAGUGUUAAUUCCAUGCAAAGCAAAUAUCAAACAUCUAACAGCAGUGAGAGUGCACAAAGGAAGCCAGUGCCCUUCUCAGGCUCUCAGAUGAGCCGCCAGCCAUCCUACAGACUGCCUAAUCCCAUACAUCAGUGUUCUCAGCAUUCCAGACCCCUGCCUUCACCUCUCCCAAUGUCUAGCAGGCCCUCUGCUCAUGCAGUGCAGCCACAAAACAACUGUUGGAAAUUUACUAAGAGCUUUAAAUCACAAAAUACUCCAGAGGCAAAAAUGAUCUUAUGUCAACCUGAGACUGUGCAAUUACCUUCAAGUCAGGAAACAUUUUCAUCGAAACCAGCAAUUUCCACCUCGCUGAGAAUCCUGACUGCAGUUAUUGGUGGCAUGAAACACUGGAGCAAGUUUAAAGACAAAGUCCCAUUCUUAUUUGAAAUAUUUGCUACCCUUGAUUCUGCAGUCACACUGGGUCAACAUGGAGCAAAGAACUUUCUCAUGAGAGACGGAAAGGAGGUUGUGCAGUGUGUCUUCUAUGAAAAUGAACACGGGCUACCCCGUCUUAUCCGUGGUCAAGUGCAUCGCUGUGUGGGUAACUAUGAUCGCAAUAGAGAUGUCUUGGUGUGUGUAUCUGUCAGGCCUGGCCUUCCAUCUGAGCUGAGGAAUGCCCAGGAGGCAGUCCGAGCCUGCGAUGCUGAGAUGAGGGCACUGGUCAAAUCAUUCAGUGAAGACUGAGCAUCAGCAGGUUUCUUCAACUGUAUGAGACUGAAGAAAGUACACAAGUGUUUUUAUAAAAGUACAUGAGAAAGAAUGUUUAGUGUGCUUUACUCAUAGAUAACUUAACAUACAUGGCUUGAAGUGUUUUUAAUGUAGAUUUGUUAAAGGUAAUGUUGCUUUUAGUUUACAAUUUUCAAAAAUGUUUUUUCAUGAAUUUAAGUCAUACUUGCGUGUUCUUGCAUAGAUGUUUUGGAUUUAUUGGAUAAUCAAAUAUAAAUAGUUAUUUAUUAAAACUUGGGA